CCCACUUUUGAUUAUAUAUGAUUAAUCCCACCUUUACACCCCAUUCUAUUUCAUUAGGCCAAACCGGUCACCUACCUCCAAUAGCAAGUUACCUUGCCAUGUGUCAUACUAUGAUUCGUCCAAAUAUUAGGAUUUAAUUUUUAUUUUUCAAAUUAUUUUCAAUCAAUAAUUAUUUUUUAUUUUUUUUUAGUUUUCCCCUUUCCUUCCAUCUCCAUCCUUUUCCUUCACCUUCAUCAAUGGCUGCUCUCUUCCCCUCCACCACCACCUCCCCCUUCCCUCCCUUAUCCUAGCAGCUAUUCCCUCCCUUUUUCCAGCAGGCCCCCUCCCCUUACCACCCUUUCCCGGCAGUCCCCCUCCCUUCCCGACUGCCCGUCAUCCUCCCUCUUCCCCUCCCCCGUCCCCAACAUUUUUCUUCCACCUUUAGAUCGAAUUUUUGACCACUCCUCCCCCUUCUUAUCCCUCUCCAUUUCUCCAACCACCUUCCCUCUUCUUGAAUUCCCAACCCAAAAACCCCAACCCAUAACCCAAAGAAACCCCCAGCCCGAUCCCUAACCAAGAAACCCCCCACCCCCUCUCGAAAUAAAUUAAACCAAAAUAGGAGGGGAAGUGCGAUUCUACCAUAGAAGGGGAAGGGCGCGGGAAGAAGAGGGAGUGGUUGUAAACUGGAUGAGUAAGGGUGGCAGGGGGAGGGACGGUCGAGGGUGGCCGGAGAAGGGGGUGGUAGGGGAUGCUUUUUAUUUUUUUAAUCCAUUAUCUUUGUUAAAAGUUGUAAAAGAAAAAAAAAAUUACCUAAAGAAUAGGUUAUCGGUCACUUUGGCCUAAUGAAAUAGAAUGGGGUGUAGAGGUGGGAUUAUUUAUGUAUAAUUAGAAGGUAAGAUUAAUAGAAAAAGACUAGUGAAAGGUUGGAUUAUUAAAAUCAAUUUUUUUUUUUUUAAACAAAUUUGCCUUUAGUUUGACUUAAAACCUAAAUUUUCUCCAAUAGUCCAAUUUCCGCAACAAAAAAAAAAAAAUUAAUAAUAAUAAUAAUAAAGGGAAAAUAAAAAAAAAAUCUCAGUUUUCCCUCCAAUACCAAAAAACAGCGCAUCUCUAUUCCUCAUUUCAUUUUUGUUUCCCCAAAUUCUUCCGAUUCUCACCUUCUUCAAUUCAUCUAGAACCCUAAUUUUCUCGAAUAAUUAUACCCUAAUUUGUUCAAUUUCUUCUUCCUUUCACUAUACUCUUUUAUUACGAUUCUUCUUCAUUGAUUUCUACAUAAUAUACUUUACUCUGUGUGAAAUUCCUCACUGUUUCUCGCAAUUUCACAAUUUCCCCAAAUUGCUGGAGUUAGGGUUUCAAUAAAUGCUGAGAUUUUAUUGCAAUUCCAAUUUUAUUUGGGGAUAAUUUCCUUCUGCUUAUUAUGCUCAGGAUAAGCAGAAGUUAACCCUCUUUUUUAGGGUUUUUCUCUCUCCAUUGAAUUAUUACUAGUCAUUAUUCUUUGACGAAUUUUGUUUGAUACUAUACUUGGUGCUUUCUGAUCAGGUUUGGCACAUCUUCUACUUACAAUCAUCUUCUACUUACAAUCAUAGUGUUUAUGGAAUAUGGAUGUUAGUUUAAUUUAGUUUAGUUUAAUAUGGAAUAUAGUCAUUAUUUUCAUUAUUUCUUCCUACGCUUCAUUCCUUGGUCCUAAUAUAAGGCUCUGUUAUUUGUAAUUAAUUGUUUUCUUUCAUCCUAUUAGUCAGUGGAGAGAGAAGCUAGUUUGUGAACAUGAAGCAUUGUGCUUUCUUGCUGUUUGUUCUUGUGACAUAGUUAAGACUUGAGAGUAACUAAAAUAUGUCGCUUUACUUGUUUGAUAUUAUGAGCUUACUCAUGCAGCGGACAAAAAUCAUAUCAGAUUUGCUUAUAUCUUUUUCAAAAGCUGAGAGAGAAGAAGCAAGGAUGAAAGUGCGCCAAGAUUCAUUGAGACUCGGCAAUGUCGGAGUGAUAAGUGAAUGCUGCAUUGAAGGCGACCGUCUUUUCCGUCUUCUCAAUUCCCUCCAAAGGGAAAUCGAAUCAGAAUUACAGUCCAAUAAAAUCUUACCUGAGAAGUUGUGGUUCAAGCAAAACUUUGCUGUUGGGAUCAAUGAAGUGACGCGACUGCUUGAACGAAUGGCUCCAUCUAGCGAUGAUGCUGCCUUCGCUGCUGCUCAAAAAGGAUCUGGGGGCCGUCCUCCAUGUUCCUCUUUCACUAAACUUCAGGCUGUGCUGGUAGCAUCAGACUGCAACUCGAGAUGGCUCACUAAGCAUCUGCCAAGCUUGGCCUCUUCCAGAGACAUACCAAUUAUCCAUGUUAAAGAUAAUAAAGAAGGUUCUCUGAGACUGGGUGAAGUUGUCAAGGUGAAAACAGCUGUUGUUCUUGGAGUUAAGGUUAAAGGAAGUAGUAUCAACCAACUUCUUGAAGAAGUUCUUCAUGACAAGUCAAUAGAACUGAAUGCAUAGACUCCACGGCCAAUGUGUCUUGUCAAUUGUAUGCAGAUUGGAGACAACUUAAUCUCUUGAAUCAUGUAGGAGACCAUGGCCUUUAACACAUACAUCCAACUAAGAACGCAUCAUGAGCUCAAACAGCAGCUGCCUCUGCGCAAGGGGUGCAAGGGGCAUGUUUUAGCGGGGCUGUAGGAGGCCAAUUUUCAAGGAUUGGACAACUUUUGUACAAGUUGAGCAUGUUUUAUGUUGUCUAAUUCCUUUAGUCAUUCUCAGGAAAAACAAGUAUUUGUAAAUGUGAUUAAAUACAUUAUCCACUGUACUGGGAUAGUUUGCUGCCUUGUUAAGGAGGGAUAAUGGAUCAUUAGGUCAUAUAGGGCUUUGGACAUUUUAAUCCAAAACAGGUGUUGGUCCACCUUUGAGUUUCUUCCUUGCAUAUUUUCUUAUGGACCAAAACACGAUGAAAUUGGGGUGGAACCCUCAAAUGUUGGAAUAAAAAGUCCAAUGGGCGAUUUGGUUCUA